AUGCAUAAAGAUAGGAGACAAUGGAGAAUUUCAGAUGAUUUUAAACUCAAGGAGCUUGUGGCUGUUUCUGGCACUCGAAACUGCAGCACAUUGGAGAGAAAAUGCAAGUUCCAGCCUUCCAGAGUGAGAUGGUUUCAUACGCUUGAUCCAAUGAUCGACAAAGAAGCUUUCAGCUCAGAUAGAAUACAUCAAGAGACUUUAAAGACUCAAGUGUCCCAACAUAUCCUUUUUGAUGUUGCAUUGCAGGGACCAGCAUCUAAUGGAUCUGGAGAAAACGAUGCAUUAAUGGGAGUGACACAUGAAAAGAAGAAAGAGAGGAAACGUUGGACACCUUCAGAGGACUUGCAACUCAAAGAGCUUGUGGCUGUUUCUGGUCCUCAAAACUGGAAGCAAAUUGGAGACAAAAUGCUAGGGAAAACAGGCAAGAGUUGCAGAAUGAGAUGGGUUGGUUAUCUUGAUCCAAAUAUUAAUAAGAAAGCUUUCACUGAUGAAGAAGACGCAAUACUACUUGCAUGUCAGAAAAAAAUGGGGAACAAGUGGUCUAAGAUAGCUAAGAUUCUCUCUGGAAGAACUGACACUGCCGUGAAGAAUCAUUGGCACAAACUCAUGAAUAGAGGAAAGCACUAA